GGACGCUCCCGGGUCUCCAGAGCGGGGUCGCACCCACAGGGGCCUCGUCACGGAGACUCCCGGUCCCCGGUCGUCGCUGCGCUGGGACGAUGGCGACUACUGGGUCCCGCGAUGCCGAAGGCACCAUGAGCUCCCCGGAAGGGCCAAGCUUUCCGUCGGGGUUGCUCUCGGGGGGCGCCUCCCCCAGUGGCGACGAAGGCUUCUUCCCCUUUGUGCUGGAGCGGCGGGACUCAUUCCUGGGAGGGGGCCCAGGGCCCGAGGAGCCCGAGGACCUGGCUUUGCAGCUGCAGCAGAAGGAGAAGGACUUGCUGCUGGCCGCGGAGCUCGGCAAGAUGCUUCUGGAACGCAACGAGGAGCUACAGCGGCAGCUGGAGACACUGAGCGCCCAGCACUCGGAGCGUGAGGAACGGCUGCAGCAGGAGAAUCACGAGCUCCGCCGGGGCCUGGCAGCCCGGGGAGCCGAAUGGGAAGCCAGGGCGGUGGAGCUGGAGGGGGACGUGGAGGCCCUGCGGGCCCAGCUGGGGGAGCAGCGCUCAGAGCAGCAGGACAGCGGGCGCGAGCGUGCGCAGGCCCUCCGCGAACUCGGGGAGCAGAACCUCCGGCUGAGCCAGCAGCUGGCCCAGGCCUCCCAGACUGAGCAGGAGCUUCAGAGAGAACUGGAUGGACUUCGGGGGCAGUGCCAGUCUCAGGUCCUGGCGGGAGCAGAGUUGAGGACGCGGCUAGAGAGUCUGCAGGGGGAGAACCAGAUGCUGCAGAGCCGCCGGCAGGACCUGGAGGCCCAGAUCCGAGGCCUGCGUGAGGAGGUGGACAAGGGCCAGGGCAGGCUACAGGCAACCCACGAGGAGCUGCUGAUACUGCGGCGUGAGAGGCGGGAGCAUAGCCUGGAGCUGGAACGCGCGCGCUCCGAGGCCGGGGAGGCGCUGAGCGCGCUGCGGAGGCUGCAGAGGCGCGUGUCCGAGCUGGAGGAGGAGUCGCGUCUGCAGGACGCCGACGUGUCGGGAGCCUCGCUGCAGUCGGAACUUGCCCACAGCCUCGACAGCGACCAGGACCGGAAGGCAGACGGGCACCGAGACGCCCGGGACACCCUGUGCCCUGAGAUCCAAGAGGCGCUCAGCCACCAGUCUUCGCCCCAGGAGGAGAGCUUGGAGCCUCCCAAGAAGCGAGCAUCCCUGAGCCCAGGGGAGAUACUAGAGGAGAAGGAGGCCGAAGUGGCCCGGCUGCAGGAUGAGAUGGCGCUGCAGCGGGCCGAGUUGCAUUCCCUCCGGGAGGAGCUGCAAAGGCAGAAGGAGUUGCGGGCACACGAGGACCCCGAGGAGGCCCUUAGGGGCGCCCUCUCGGAUCGAGAUGAAGCCGUGAACAAGGCCCUGGAACUGUCCCUAGAGCUCAGCCGCGUCUCUCUGGAGCGGGACUCGCUCUCCCGGGAGCUGUUUCGCACUAUCCGCCAGAAGGUGGCGCUGACGCAAGAGCUGGAGGCCUGGCAGGACGACAUGCAGGUGGUGAUCGGCCAGCAGCUGCGCUCGCAACGCCAGAAAGAGCUGAGCGCCGCCGAAUGUGGCCCGCGCCGCGCCGCGCCGCGCUUCUCCCUGCGCCUGGGCCCUGGGCCCGCCGGCGGCUUCCUGAGCAGCCUCUUCCGAAGGACCUGACGGCCGGGCCCAGGGGGCAGCGCGUGCCCGCUGGCUCUCUUUCCUUUUCUGGCCAAUGUAGCAACAGGGCCCCGAUCGUCUUCCAGACGGGGCUGGUAGCCUCCCCACUCAGGGAGGCUGGGCAAAGUCACACUGGGAGCAGGGGCCAGCUUUGGGGGUCAGGGACCCCAGGUGGGUGGCGGCGCAGGUGGGGCAGAGCUGAGUCUUGUAUCUAUACAGGUCUGUAUUUUCUAAACACUCUGGGCCUGGCAUGUUCCAGGGCAGAGAUGGGGGUGGGUAUUUAUGUAUCAAGAUCAAACAGAGUAAUAUAUA